GAGGAUAGAGUUAAAAGAAGGGUUUGAAAAAAGAGAGGAAAAGAGUGAGAGAGUGGAAAAAUAAGGAAGAAUGCAGAAGGUAGCAGAGGGAGUGGUUAUUUUUGUAUUUCUGGGUUUGGAAAUUGCUGAAAGACAGUAGGCAAAAGCCUGCAAGAGAAUCCUAGACCCAAACAUGGCAAAGCUUAGGAUAUAGGAUAUAUGCCACUUCUUAAUUCUCUUUUUCAACCUCAGCCCUCUCUUUUUCUCUCUCUCCCUCUGUGAUUUCUGUCAUACCACUUUUUUCUUUCAUCUCUUCUACAACCACCCCCACUCUCACAAAAACCAGUAGAUAAAGAGGUGUUGGGAGCUGAGAUGUAAGGUAUUGAUUUGGCAUGACAGUUGUUUCAUCGGAACCCAGCUGAAUCUCCUAAAGGGUUAGACUUUCAAAGCCAUUUGAGUCACUUACUUGUAUAUUGACUAUCUUUUCUUCUUGUUCAUGGAGUGGAAGAGCAAGAGAGUACUAAGCAGCAGCUGGUUUAUGAUCAACAAGCUCACCUCCCUUUUCUUCUUGCUCUCAAUCUCUGCACUACUAUUCACCAUCAUCAACUCUACUUCUACAUGUACUAAAGAUUGUAUCUUUCCCUCAAGUAGUGCUCAAGCUGAUACAAAUUUUCAGGAGGAGCAGAGGGAGGAGAGUGUGAUGAUGAUGAUGACGCCUUUGAGCUUGGCGAGGAGAUACUUGAGCGGGCCAGGGUCGUCGCCGCCUCGCUGCAACUCCAAGUGCGGCAGGUGCACGCCGUGCAAGCCGGUUCAUGUGCCGGUGCCGCCUGGAACUCCGGUGACGGCGGAGUACUACCCGGAAGCGUGGAGGUGCAAGUGUGGCAACAGGUUGUACAUGCCAUGA